AGGUUUGGUAGGCUGCGAAUUGCUAAGUUGAAUGAUCAACACAGCUUUAAAGGGCUACUUUUAAAGCGGCUAACUUCAUUACUUAAACAAAUUUAGAGUCCCGGAGUCACCUACCGAGUUUAGCCACAAGAUGACUCAGAUGAUGGUCUAGAAAAACAAGUUGGACAGAGCGAGCUACAGGAUUAUUUUUAAGGGGUGGUGCUGGAAUGCAUAGGCAAUCCCAUUGUUGGUUGUGAAUUAAAGGUCCACAGUUCUUUGCUUUGCUGCUAGACUCCUGAGUUGAAGUGCCAAAAUGGUGAGAUGCUGUGGUUUGGUUACGGACAAGAAUGAACCAGUUCCUCUGAAGAGUGUGGCGGUAGAUGUGCGUGUGCAGGGACAUGUAGCCACAGUGAGCUCCACUCUGCUGUAUGUGAAUGGAGAAGAGCGCCCCCUAGAGGCUGUUUUUGUGUUCCCUCUGCCUGGCGAAUGUGCCGUCUGCCACCUCAGCGCCAAGAUAGGAGACACAGAGGUGGUGGCAAAGCUGCAGGACAAACAGAAGGCCCGGGAGGAGUAUGAUGAUGCGUUGAGCUCGGGCCACCAGGCCUUCCUGCUGGAGGAGAGUGCUCAGAGCCCAGACGUGUUCCAGCUGAACGUGGGCAGCCUGCCUCCAGGAGAGAGUGCUGCCAUCACUCUGGUCUACAUCUCAGAGCUGGCCAUGCAAGCUGAUGACGCCCUGCGCUUCUGUCUGCCCACUGUGCUCAACCCCCGCUACACACCCCAGGACAUGGACAGGAGUCAAAUGGCCACAGUGACUUCAGUCCCAGCUGGCACGGUGCCCUACACGUUGGCUCUCAGUGCUCAGCUGUCCUCCCCCCAGCCCAUCUCUAAAGUGGAGUCCAACUGUGCUCUGGAGCCACUGGCUUACCUCAGCCCAGACAAAACACAGGCCACGGUGAGUCUCUCUCCAGGCCACCUGUUUGACCGUGAUGUGGAGCUGCUGCUGUAUUACCAGGAUGCUCAUAAGCCCACUGCCAUAGUGGAGGCUGGACUGGACAGUGCUGAGCCAGACUCUUUGAUGAAGGACCCGGUUGUAUUGCUCAGCAUUUACCCAGAGUUCCCUGCUGCAGUAACAUCCUCACUUGCCACGUGUGGAGAGUUUAUUUUUGUGGUGGACCGAUCAGGGAGUAUGCGUUGCAAGAUGCACUCAGGAAAAGAUGCAAUGAUGCGCAUAGAGAGUGCCAAGGACACUCUGCUCCUGCUAUUGAAGAGCGUCCCCAUGGGCUGCUACUUCAACAUCUAUGGAUUUGGCUCCCGUUAUGAACAUUUCUUCCCGAAGAGCGUUGAGUACAACCAGAAGACGAUGGAUGAAGCUCUUGAGAAAGUGAAGGGAAUGGGAGCAGACUUGGGGGGCACUGAGAUUCUUCAGCCUCUGAAACACAUCUACAGCCAGCCCUGCAUCCCCAGCCACCCCAGACAGCUCUUUAUUUUCACUGAUGGAGAGGUGGGGAACACUAAGCAGAUUUUGGACUUGGUGAAGAUCAAUGGAAAUGCUCACCGGUGCUUCUCUUUUGGAAUUGGAGAGGGUGCAAGCACUGCUUUAGUCACAGGCAUGGCCAGGGAGGGUUCUGGGCAUGCUCAGUUCAUCACAGGAACAGACCGCAUGCAACCCAAGGUGAUGCAGUCUCUGCGCUAUGCGCUGCAGCCAGCAGUGAAGGACAUCUCUGUCCACUGGAACCUUCCAGAUGGUGUAUCAGUCACCACUUUGUCUCCUCCCCUCCAAGUGCUCUUCCAUGGUCAAAGGGCCCUGCUGUAUGCCCAGGUUAAAGGAGAGAGUGCAACGAAUCCUGAAGGAUCUGUGACAAUUCAGUACAACCUGUCGGAGGAGACGGUCAAGAACCAACUCAGCUUCUGCCUCAGACCCACAGGAGACACAGGAGUGACUCUCCACCGGCUGGGGGCUCGGGCUCUGAUCCGCUCGCUGGAGAUGGAGGAGCGGGCAGCAGGGCCAGAGGCCAAGGCCCUGAGAGAGAAGCUGCUGCAGCUCAGCCUGCAGUCUGGAGUCAGCUGCACACACACCGCCUUCAUCGCCAUCCACAAGGGCAGCGGACAGACUGUGCAGGGACCACUGCUCCAUAGAACUGUGCCAAGCCCAGGAAAUAAUUUUUGUGCAGUGAGAAAAAUGGUCCGUUCAGCGCCAAUGGCCAUGAAAGCUAGAAGUUUUGCAAAGAAUGCAGCUUUUGCUGGAAAUGUUUUCAAAAGGAAACAAAUGAAAGAAAACGUACCAGCAAGGGCUAAGGGUGCAUCAUCUACAAUGCAUCCUGAGAAUGCAGAAAUGUGCAUUGGUUAUGCUAUGCCAGAUGCAGCAGCUAUGCUUGAUGUGCCUCAAGGUAACAGAAACACUGACCAACAAGAGUCGCUCACAGUAGAUCACCUCCUUCAGCUGAUCUCCCUCCAGAAAGCCACAGGAUCAUGGGAAAUGGAGUCCUCCUUGGCCAAGGUGUUGGAGAAGACAGAUGAUGAGUUGGACAAACUGAUGCCAGUGGGGGCAGACAAGGCUGUGUGGGCUACAGUUCUGGCUCUGAUUUGGCUCUAUGGUUUCCGCCUGGAGGCCCGGGAUGAAUGGCAGUUUGUAGCCAUGAAGGCAGCAUCCUGGAUUCAAGCUCAGAAAGUGGACUGUGUGUCUCAGUGUGUGCAGGCUGGAAAUGCUCUGCUGGGAUGUCAGGUGCAGCCGGAGAAUCUGGGCCUCUGAAGACCAGAACUUUCCUCAUAUAUCUCAUUGCCAUCAAAUCAUACUUCAUUCACCUGCUGUCAAGGUGAUGGAAUUACUAUGCUAUCACAUGCUUACAGGAGCUUAAUUUCUGUCUGAAGUGUCCUUAUGGCUUUUGCCUCGGUGUUAGUUGAAUUGCAGUGUCCAUCUUUGCAUGAAUUGCAAUAUUUUAUUAUUAUGCAAAUGUUAUAUGCAUCAAUCUUGGGUACUUUGAUAACAAAAUGUCUUACUUUGUUACUUUAUUUUAUUUAAAUAAACUGACCAUUUUUAAUACUAUUCAUAUAACUAGAUACUGCAUAGCGGUACAACAUAUGACCACCACUCAGUCCUGUACAUCCUCUCUGCGAAAAUAAAUCAUGCUUGUGAAUUUGUCUCCAUCUCUUACUCUAUCCCCUACUCUUGCAACUUUUUUGUACUGUAUGGCUGUACUGCAUAUGUGUGGCUGUGUGUGCGUACACGUCUGGCUGUGUGUAUGUGUGCUUGUACCCAGACGGCUCAGUUG